AUGCUCCGUAUUAGUGCUAAAAAGAAGUAUGCCUCUGAGGCUUAUGGUCAAAGUAAUAAGAGUUAUGAGCGUGCUGGAAAUUAUGGGAACAAUGGGGUUAUAUCAUUACAGCAGUACAAUUCCAUGGAACCUGGAAGGGAGGAAUUUCAUCCUUCAUCCCAGCAAUAUAUGCCAAACUCUCUGAGCAGUAUGCAUUCUGAUAUGAGGUCUCAUAACCUUAAUACUUCAGAAAUUAAACCUGUACAUAAUUAUUCCAUAACAGGUGAGGAGUUUUCUCUUGAAUUUAUGCUUGAUCGAGUGAACCCCAGGAAGCCUUUGCACCCAAAUGCUGUGGGUGAUCCAAGUUAUGUUACUGACUAUGUUGAACUAAAAGGAAUGUUAGGAAUCAGAGGUUUUGAAAGUGGUUCAGAUGCUUCAAUGGUUGCUAUACCUGAAAGAGGUCCAAACCAGUUUGAGAGAAACAGCUCAUCUUUACAUGAUGGCAGAAAUAACUAUGGAUCAGUUCAAUCAGUACCGCGAGUUUCAUCAGGCUAUGGAAGUAGUCGUGUUCAUGGAUAUACCUUAUCUGGAGCCUCUGAUAGCACAUCAAUGUUAAUGAAGGUUCUUUGUAGCUUUGGUGGUAAAAUUUUGCCCCGUCCAAGUGAUGGGAAGCUCAGGUAUGUUGGAGGUGAUACACGCAUUAUCCGUAUUAGAAAGGACAUUACCUGGCAGGAGCUUAUACAUAAAGCCUUAUCAAUUUAUAACCAAUUGCAUGUAAUUAAGUAUCAGCUUCCAGGAGAGGAGCUUGAUGCCUUGGUUUCUGUAUCUUGUGAUGAGGAUCUGCAGAAUAUGAUGGAGGAAUGUAAUGAAAUAGAAGAUAAAGAGGGGCCGCACAAGCUUAGAAUGUUCUUUUUCUCCAUCAGUGAUUUGGAGGAUCAUUUUGGUCUGCACACUGUGGAUGGCGACUCUGAGGUUCAGUAUGUUGUUGCUGUCAAUGGCAUGGACCUGGGAUCAAGAAAAAGCUCGACCAUACAUGGGUUGACAAGCUCGGUAGCUAAUCAAUUAGAUGAGACGAAUAGACUCAAUAUUCAGAAGGGAACAAGUAGUGUUGUGAAAGACUCAAUAGGGUUAGGUGCUCCAGUUUUGACUGGAAAAAUCAUUUCAGCAACAGCUGCUCAAUCUUCUGAACCUAUUCUGCCAAGCUCUUCACAUGCCUAUGAAGCUUAUCCUCAUUUUCAACAUGGACACGUUAUGCAUUAUGGACAAAAUGUGCAGGACCCAUUGCAGAAUGGCCAUGCCUUUCCAAGUCAAUCCCAUUUUGGAGACACUCCUACUUCAGUGCCACAUCAUGGGAUUCAUGGUAUAAUGAAUGGAGGAGGAGGUUCAAUUGAGGGGCAGACCAGUGGCUCGAGAGAGCGUAACUUUGAGAUGCCAAUGAAGGAGGUACAGCCAUUACAUGAUGGUUCCUUUCAGCAAGAGAGUGACCCUGAAAAACUUCGCCCCUCAAGGAAAGAGCAAUCUGUCCCCAAACCGCUGUAUGAUGGUAAUUUGAUGAACUAUCCUCCUGUUGAAGAAGCAUCAAAAGAUGAAAGGAAGUACCAGGAACCUGAAAAUGUUGCUUCAUCAAUUGAUUCCGGGAUGCUGGUUCACAAUCCUAGUGAAGUGGAUCAUCUGUCCACAUCUAACAAUGCAUUUGCUCCUACCUAUGCUGAAUCAAUGUCCAAUGAGAUUGAUUUGGGGUACCUUGAGCCACCUGUGCAGCCUCAGAGAAUUUACUACUCGGAAAGAAUUCCCAGGGAGCAAGCAGAGUUGCUGAAUCGAUCGUCGAAAUCUGAUGAUUCGCAUGGUCCUCAGUUUCUCGUAUCUCAUUCACGCUCUGAUAUCACCCACCAGGAUCCAAUUACAGGAGUUAAGAAAUUGCAUGAUCAUGCAAAUCUUCCUCCCCGGACUGAACAACAAUCCUCCUCAACUGUAUAUGUGGAUGCUCAAUCUGUUGAUGAUGGACUUGCCCAACUUCAGAAGUACAAAGAGUUUGCUGAUUCAAUUUGUGAGAUGAAUGCUAAGCUUUUGCAAGAUGCAGAUGGUGAAUUAAAGCCAGCAUUGCUAAACCCUGCGGAUACUAAAGAGUUCACAAACAGGGAUAGGAUCCUUAAAUCUGACCAAGAUGCAAACUGCCUGAAAGGUAGCCAUAAGAAACUUGUCACUGACGACAUUGCAGAAGCUGUAUCAGAUUGUCCAACUGUAAGUCAGAUACCUUCUAUGAAGCACCAUGAGGUUCCUGCAUCUAAUCAUUCAGAGCUUAAUCAGGACGAGUCUACUGGCAAGGAUCCAAAUACUGCUGACAAUAUGGGCCAUGCACAAGUUGGUACAUCUACUCCAGUGCAGGGAGACAUAAUUAUUGAUAUCGAAGAACGAUUUCCUCGUGAUUUCCUGUCUGAUAUAUUCUCCAAGGCAAUACUUUCUGAAGGCUCCCCUGAUGUUGGUUUACUGCAGAAGGAUGGAGUUGGUUUGAGCUUUAAAAUGGAAAAUCAUGAUCCUAAGCGGUGGUCAUAUUUCCAAAAGUUGGCUCAAGAAGGGGCUGAUCAACAAGAUGUUUCUCUUAUGGACCAGGAUCUUGGUUUUCCUUCUGCAAUUAGAAAUGUUGAGGAAGACGAUAGUAAAUCGUAUCAUCGUACGCCUUUACCAACAGAUGGAGUUCCAAUGGCCCAUAUGAAUUCUCAGCCUAAUUUUGCAGAAGAUAUUAGCAGGGAAACUGGAUUGCCUAAAGCUAAUUAUGAUCAUCAGCAACUGAAGGAAACUGAAAGUAUGCAGUUUGAGGCCAUGAUGGAAAACCUAAGAGUUCCACAGUCUGAUUAUGAGCAAGGAAAGUCUACAAGUAGAACCGCUGGUUUACCUCCAUUAAAUCCUUCACUGGGAGAGUUUGACAUCAGUACCUUGCAGUUGAUAAAGAAUGAAGAUCUAGAACAGAUGAAGGAAUUGGGUUCUGGCACCUUUGGGACUGUGUAUCAUGGAAAAUGGAGGGGGAGUGAUGUUGCCAUUAAAAGGCUAAAUAAGAGCUGCUUCACUGGGAGAUCAUCAGAGCAAGAGAGACUGUCUGUUGAGUUCUGGCGGGAAGCUGACAUUCUUUCAAAGCUUCACCAUCCAAAUGUGGUGGCAUUUUAUGGUGUAGUGCAAGAUGGGCCAGGGGGAACACUAGCCACUGUAACUGAGUACAUGGUUGAUGGUUCUCUUAGGCAUGUCUUGCUUCGAAAAGAUAGGUAUCUUGAUCGUCGCAAGCGAUUAAUAAUUGCCAUGGAUGCAGCAUUUGGAAUGGAAUAUUUGCACUCAAAGAACAUUGUGCAUUUUGACCUGAAGUGUGACAACUUGCUUGUGAACCUAAAAGAUCCUCAACGGCCAAUUUGCAAGGUCGGUGACUUUGGGCUUUCAAAAAUCAAGCGAAAUACGCUGGUUUCUGGUGGUGUGCGGGGAACAUUACCAUGGAUGGCCCCAGAGUUGCUGAAUGGAAGCAGCACUAAGGUCUCCGAAAAGGUGGAUAUUUUCUCCUUUGGUAUUGUCUUGUGGGAGAUUCUUACCGGAGAGGAACCAUAUGCCAACAUGCACUAUGGAGCGAUUAUAGGCGGUAUUGUGAACAACACAUUGAGACCCACCAUUCCAAGUUACUGUGAUCCAGAGUGGAGGACGCUUAUGGAGCAGUGUUGGGCUCCUAAUCCUGCUGCGAGGCCAUCAUUCACAGAAAUUGCUAGUUGCUUACGAGUUAUGACUAGAGCCGCUAGCCAAACCAAAGCACAGGGUCACAAGGCAUCUAAAUGAAAACUGAACAGUUAAUUGUGUCACUUUUGCAUGAGUUGUUGAUUUGGUACGUUUAUUCAUUCAAUUAUUGACUCAUAGGUAGUGUGCACUACAUCAUAUUCGGAGCAAAGAUACAUGGUUUCCACUAUUUUCGGAAUGCUAGAGGCUCCUUUGUUACUUUCAUUCAUUUUUUGUUUUGCUGCUGAAAUUUCAAAAUUGUAGUAUAAUGUUUUGGAUACCAAAAGAGAAUGCAUACUCGGUGUUUAG